AUGGCGCUGGUGAGGCCGGGGACCCAGGACUCCAGGCUCCCCACCUCUCUCCUGCUGCUGCUGCUGCUGCUGCUACUCUGGGCCCCUACCCUGGCCCUCCUUGCUGGAGAACUGCCGUCGGAGAUCCCAAGUGCCUGUGCCUCAGACCCGUGUGCUCCAGGGAUGGAGUGCCGGACUACGGAGAAUGGUGGCUACACCUGUGGGCCCACAGAGCCCCAGGGCUGUGCCACCCAGCCUUGCCACCACGGUGCUCUGUGUGUGCCCCAGGGUCCAGAUCCCAAUGGCUUCCGCUGUUACUGUGUCCCGGGUUUCCAGGGCCCACACUGUGAGCUAGACAUCAAUGAGUGUGCAUCCCGGCCCUGCCACCAUGGGGCCACCUGCCGCAACCUGGCUGAUCACUAUGAGUGCCACUGCCCCCUUGGUUACACAGGCGUCACCUGCGAGACCGAGGUGGACGAGUGUGCCUCGGUGCCCUGCCUGCACGGGGGCUCGUGCCUGGACGGCGUGGGCUCCUACCGCUGCGUCUGCGCGCCGGGCUACGGGGGUGCCAGCUGCCAGCUGGACCUCGAUGAGUGCCAGAGCCAACCGUGCGCGCACGGGGGCAUCUGCCACGACCUGGUCAACGGGUUCCAAUGUGACUGCGCGGACACGGGCUACGAGGGCGUGCGCUGCGAGGAGGAGGUGCUGGAGUGCGCGUCGGCACCGUGCGCGCACAACGCGUCCUGCCUCGAAGGCCUCGGGAGCUUCCGCUGCCUCUGCUGGCCAGGUUACAGUGGUGAGAGGUGUGAGGUGGACGAAGAUGAGUGUGCAGCAGGCCCCUGCCAGCAUGGGGGCCAGUGCCUGCAGCGCUCUGAGCCCGGCCUCUAUGGGGGCGCCCAGGCUGUCUUCUCCGGUGCCUUCAGCUUUCGCCACGCCGCUGGCUUCCUGUGCCGUUGCCCGCCGGGUUUUGAGGGGGACGACUGCAGUGUGGACGUGGACGAGUGUGCCUCACAGCCAUGCAUCUCUGGAGGCCGCUGCCAGGACCUUCCCAAUGGCUUCAAGUGCCACUGCCCCGAUGGCUACACAGGCCUGACGUGUCAGGAGGAUGUGGAUGAAUGCCUGUCGGAGCCCUGCCUCCAUGGUGGGACCUGCCAUGACACUGUGGCAGGCUACACUUGCUGGUGCCCAGAGCCCUGGGACGGGCACGACUGUUCUGUGCAGCUCACCGGCUGCCAGGGCCACACCUGCCCACUGGCUACCACUUGCAUCCCUAUCUUCGAGUCUGGGGUCCACAGUUACAUCUGCCGCUGUCCACCUGGUACUGAUGGACCUUUCUGUGGCCAGAAUACCACUUUCUCUGUGGCAGCUGGGAGCCCUGUGUGGGCAUCAGUGCCAGCUGGCAGCCCUCUGGGUCUGGCACUGCGGUUUCGCACCACACUGCCUGCUGGUGCCUUGGCCACUCGCACUGACACCCAGGACAGUUUGGAGCUGGCACUGUUGGGGGCCACACUGCAGGCCACGCUCAGGAGCCAUGGUGUCACUGUGCUCAUCCUGAGGUUGCCAGACCUGGCCCUAAAUGAUGGCCACUGGCACCAGGUGGAAGUGGCACUCCGCUUUGGGACCCUGGAGCUGCGGCUCUGGCACGAGGGCUGCCCUGCCCGGCUCUGUGUGGCCUCUGGUCCUGUGGCCCUGGCUCCAAUGUCUUCAGUGGCGCCGUCGCCUGCCGGGCUCUGCUCCACCCAGCUAGGUGGUGCGGCCUUUGGAGGCUGCCUCCAGGAUGUCCGUGUGGAUGGGUACCUCCUGCUGCCUGAAGAGCUUGGCGGGAAUGUUCUCCUGGGCUGCGAGCGCCAUGAGCAGUGCCAGCCUCUGCCUUGUGCCCACGGAGGAGCCUGCAUGGACCUAUGGACUGACUUCCAUUGUGAUUGCCCCCGGCCUUAUAGUGGCCCCAAGUGCACUGAUGAGGUUCCUGCUGCCACCUUUGGCUUGGGGGGCACCCUGAGCUCUGCCUUUUUCCUGCUCCACGAGCCGCCAGGGCCCAACAUCACAAUAUCCUUCCUCCUCCGCACUCGGGAGCCUGCAGGUCUGCUGCUCCAGUUUGCCAAUGACUCGGCAGCUGGCCUAACAGUGUUCCUGAGUGGGGGGCAGAUUCGGGCCGAGGCACUGGGCAGUCCUGUCCUGGAGCUGCCCGGGCCUUGGGAUGAUGGGCUCCGCCACCUGGUGACUCUCAGCUUCGGGCCUAACCAGCUGCAGGGCCUGGGGCAACAGGUGCAUGUGGGUGGUGGGCUCCUCCCUGCUGAGUCCCAGCCCUGGGGUGGGCCCUUCAGAGGCUGCCUCCAGGACCUGCAACUCAACGGCCUCCACUUGCCCUUCUUCUCACUGUCACUGGGGAACUUGAGUGAGCCCAGCAAGCUGGACAGCAGGCAGACCCAGAACCUCACUCUGGGCUGUGUCUCCGAGGACAUGUGCAGUUCUAACCCCUGUCUCAACGGUGGGACAUGCCUUGUCACCUGGAACGACUUCCAUUGCACCUGCCGUGCCAACUUCACGGGACCCACAUGUGCCCAGCAGCUGUGGUGCCCUGGUCAGCCCUGCCUCCCACCUGCUACAUGUGAGGAGGUUCCUGAUGGCUUCAUCUGUGUGGCCGAGACCACGUUCCUCGAGGGCCCCCCGGCCGAGUUUAGUGGGCAUAAUGUGUCGGCGGUGCACACUUUUGGGGGUCUCUCACUGGCCUUCCGUACCCGCGACCUCGAGGCCCAGCUGCUGAGCGCUGCCGCUGGCGCCCACGCCUCUGUCUGGCUGGCGGUGCGCAAUGGCUCGCUGGCAGCCGGAGUCCGCAGCGGCCUUGAACUGCCCGGCGCUGUGCUGUCCGCGCCGGGGCCGCGCGUGGCCGACGGCGCCUGGCACCGUGUCAGCCUGGCCAUGGAGCACCCGGCGGCCGCCGCGUCGCGCUGGCUGUUGCAGCUGGACGACGCACUGACGCCUGUGGCGCUGCGCGGACUGGCGGGAGACUUGGACUUUCUGCGCGGCCCAGGCGCCGCGCGCAUCCUGCUGGCGGAGAACUUCACCGGCUGCCUGGGUCGCGUGGCGCUCGGUGGCCUCCCGCUGCCCUUGGCGCACCCGAGGCCGGGCGCGGCUCCCGACUCCGGGGAGCGUUUCGCUGCUUGGCCUGGGAAGCCCGCCCCACGCCUCGGCUGCCGCGGCGCACCCGUAUGCGCCCCCACGCCCUGCCUGCACGGCGGCACCUGCCGCGAUCUUUUCGACGCAUUUGCCUGCGCCUGCGGCGCGGGCUGGGAGGGCCCCCGCUGCGAGGUUCCCGCCGACCCGUGUCGCUCGGCCCCCUGCGCCCGCGGCCGCUGUCAAGCGCGCCCCGACGGCCACUUCGAGUGCCGCUGUCCGCCUGGUUUCGUGGGCCCGCGCUGCAGGUUGCCCGUCCUGCUGGAGGAAUGUGGCCUGAAUUUCACCUGCCUCAACGGUGGACGGUGCGAGGCAGGGCCCUGGGGGGCCAACUGCAGCUGCCAGGAAGGCUUUGCUGGCCGGAGGUGUCAGAUCCCCAUCUUUCCCUGUGAAGCCAACCCCUGUUUGAACGGGGGCACCUGCCGGGCAGCCGGUGGGGAGUAUGAAUGUACCUGCAGCGCUACCUUCUCUGGCCAGUUCUGCGAAGUGGUGAAGGGCCUACCCCUGCCACAGCCAUUCCCGUUGCUGGAGGUAGCAGUGCCUGCAGCCUGUGCCUGCCUUCUCCUCCUCCUCCUGGGCCUCCUCUCAGGGAUCCUGGCAGCCAGAAAGCGCCGUCAGUCAGAGGGCACCUACAGCCCCAGCCAGCAGGAGGUGGCCGGGGCCCGGCUGGAGAUGGACAGUGUCCUCAAGGUGCCACCUGAGGAGAGACUCAUCUAG